CUAGUCGGUUGCGUUAACUGCUGAGCCACGGAGGGAACUCCCUAUUAUAAAGAUUUUAAAAACAUAAACAUUGAAAGAAUUGUACACUGAACACCGAUAUACCCACCACAGACUUUACAGUUAGUAUUUUGUUAUAUUUGCUUUAUCAGAUCUCUAUCCACCCCUCUAGUCAACAAUUAACUCAUCUUAUGAUGAGUUCUUAAAUCAGUUGAAGCCCUCACACCCCUAGAAGGAGGCAAGUCAAUUUACCUGUUGCAACUUUGCACACGGGGUGUCUUCUCUCCCUCACUUCAGGGUCAGCUUGGAGUUCUACUAUGAUGGAGGUAGAUAUCAGAGGUUUGUCCAUGGGAGCUCCAAGGCCUGGAGGCUGUCAGAGAUUUGAUAGCUGACUUGUGACCUCCAUCCAGGGUUGGCUAGUCACCAAGAGCUUAUACCUUGCCUUCCUGUGCACGAGGCCCCUCCCACACGGCAUCUCAUCACAGAGUGUGGGCUUUGGCACCCAAUAAAUGAAGGUUUGGGUCCAAAGUCACCAAAUGGCAGGAGAGUCAUCAUCUCUCUGUGCAAACUGCCACUCCUGUUCCAAGAUGAUAAGGAAUUACUGAGAUGAUAUGUUAGAAUUCACAACCCACCAGAGCCCCUGACCUGGCCACAUGGUCUUGGCCCUCCACAGCAGAGCUGCUAUAGCUGGACAUUCUGUGCACCACUCAGGAACACUCCUGGGUGCUGGGCAGGCUUAUCUGAGUCUGAUGCUUCUGACAGCCCUGAGAGACUUUCCGAUCUCUGCCACCAGGUGGUCACGAUAAGCUUAAGCACUUGGGAUGUGAGAUUUUUCAGGGAGCCAAUCGCAGGCCAGGCUUUGGGGGGUGGAGAAGGUGAGAGCUUCACACCUGGGGUCUGCCUGAUAAGUCAAGGCCUGCCUGGGUGGGGGACCUUGGCCUAAUGAGACCCUCCUCCUGGCUAGCGUGUGGGAAGGGGACAAACCUCUGCAGCUGCCUGGCUUCAGUCCCAGGAUUUUAGCCCAAGGACAAGGAGACCCAUAAAGCCAGGCCCAGUUUCCAACCUCAUUUGUACCACAAUGUUGCUGCUCAGCCUGACCCUUAGCCUGGUCCUUCUCAGCUCCUCUUGGGGUGAGUGGGCCUGGCAUGCCUGACUCAAUGGCCUUCAGGCAAUCCAGCUCCUAGCACUAGCCCAGGAGCUCAGGGAAGUGGCCAGGCUGGCUAGAAGGGAAACAGGUGUAUGGAGUGGGCAAAGGAAAAAAGGUGCCAGGGUUGGGAGAAAAGAGGUGGGCAGAAGCCAGUCUCAGGGUUUAGAAAGCUGAGAAGUAAAGGCUGGACUCAUAAUUUAGGAAAAGCCCUCCGGCUACAUGUGAGGUACAGACUGUUGAGGUUGCCAGAGGCGGUGGAGGCUAGGAAGGAGACGGUCCUAGGGAUCAUGGAGAAAAAUAGCCUAGGCUGGGGAGUUGGGUGGAGCUGGGGAGUAGUUUGGAGAGAGAUGUGGGAGAAUGGACAGAACUUGGGGACUGACUGGAUGGGGGCAAGUGAGGUAGCUAGAGAGGCCCAGAGGUGCUCAGAGAAGGAAAGUGUAGUGAGGAGCCCUCUUGAUUUGGACUCCUACAGGGGGCAGCCUGGGGGCACCCAGGAGGAGGAGAGGUGGGUUGGGAUGUGGGAAGCAGGUCCUCACCAGCCCAAUGGCCAGGCUGCGGCGUUCCUGCCAUCAAACCGGCGCUGAACUUCAACCAGCGGAUUGUCAAUGGAGAGAACGCAGUGCCAGGCUCCUGGCCCUGGCAAGUAUCCCUGCAGGACAGCAACGGCUUCCACUUAUGCGGUGGUUCCCUCAUCAGCCAGUCCUGGGUGGUCACCGCUGCCCACUGCAAUGUCAUGUGAGUGCUUCCCCUCUACCUGCCUUGCCCCAGCCCCCACCUCCCACUUCCUUGCCCUGGAGGCCUCUCUCUUGUCACUCUGCCCUCCCUGUGGCUGCCCAACCCCACUCUCACUGCAGCCCUGGCCGUCACUUUGUCAUCCUGGGCGAGUAUGACCGAUCAUCCAGCACUGAGCCUUUGCAGGUUCUGUCCAUCUCUCAGGCCAUCACGCACCCUUCCUGGAACCCUACUACCAUGAACAAUGAUCUGACUCUACUGAAGCUCGCCUCCCCAGCCCAGUACACAACACGCAUCUCACCAGUUUGCCUGGCUUCCUCAAAUGAGGCGCUGCCUGAAGGCCUCAAGUGUGUCACCACCGGCUGGGGCCGCCUCAGUAGCGUGGGCAAUGUGACUCCAGCACGCCUGCAGCAAGUGGUUCUGCCCUUGGUCACCGUGCGUCAGUGCCAGCAGUACUGGGGCUCCCGCAUCACUAACUCCAUGAUCUGUGCAGGGGCCUCAGGGGCCUCCUCAUGCCACGGUGACUCUGGAGGCCCACUUGUCUGCCAGAAGGGAAACACGUGGGUGCUUAUUGGUAUCGUCUCCUGGGGCACCAGUGACUGCAACGUGUACGCGCCUGCUGUGUACACUCGGGUUAGCAAGUUCAACACCUGGAUCAAUCAGGUCAUAGCCUACAACUGAGCCCACCACAGACCCUCUCCCCAUCUCAGUCCAAUAAAGACCCCAGGCCCUGUC